UUGAGCAGGAUAUGAAAUUGGCAAUGUACUUGAAGAAUAGACAGGAACAUAGCUCCGUAGACGCCGCACAAACCCCUGCAUCAGCCAGACAUGCGCUGCCACCAUCUUCAGCUGUGGCGACCUCGAGUUGUACCGCUGAGGGUUACCUGGAGCAAAUAAAAGUGGGUUCUUUCUAUGAAAUAGACCACUCAAAGCUUUCACUUUCUACCCCAGAACAGCUAAGGGCAAUCCGUGUAGUCAUGGUGAGUGAAAAGGAUGAAGUCAAUGUAUCCUUGAGAUACCCAAGUGUUUAUUCGCUUCGCACACAUUUCCGUAACUGCAACAAUCCAAAUGGAAAAGGGCUCCCUGGACUAAAUGAGAAGUAUAUAAUGAGUUCAAACAUUGCUGGAGAUGCACUCUACCGGAGAAUAGAAACCGCGGAGAUUGAAAAUAGAAGAAAUUCCUGGAGCUUUUGGAUCGGACCGUCGGAGAACACUGAGAGAGAUCGAAGCUCGGGUUCUGGUGGGGAGGUCAACAAUGCAGUAUCAAAGAAGGGGAUUUGUUGGUCAGAACUCAAGUUUACUGGGAUGGUCCAGUGGGGUAGCCGGCGGCAAGUUCAAUACAUAGGUCGGCACGAAGAUAAAAAGAUUGUAGUUUUGUCAAAAUCGGUCGAUCAGCUGGAUGAAGCAAAAAACGAGAGUUUAGGAGAAGUGGACAAGAAAACAGAUCAAGAGGACGAGGAAGAAAUAUUUAAGGUCAUGAAAGACACGUAUGGAAAACGGAACAACCUCAAGAGGAAACGCUACAGCCCUAGAAACGUUCAGAAGAAUCUCAAGAAUGCACCUCCUCAAAAGAAAAAUGGGGUAAAACUCCGUAAUACAGGUAGGAAAAAAGAACUGAAGAAAUCCAUUGACAGAUGGUCGGUUGAGAGAUAUAAAUUAGCGGAGGAGAACAUGCUGAAGAUUAUGAAGACCAAAGGAGCAGUCUUUGGGAACCCAAUACUAAGGCCAGCCCUGAGAGCUGAAGCUCGAAAGCUGAUUGGUGAUACGGGCUUGCUGGACCAUCUACUGAAGCACAUGGCCGGAAAGGUGGCACCUGGUGGAGCUGACAGAUUCCGUCGCCGACAUAAUGCCGAUGGUGCAAUGGAAUAUUGGCUGGAGAGUGCCGAUUUGGUAAAUAUCAGAAGGGAGGCUGGAGUGCAGGAUCCAUAUUGGACACCGCCACCUGGUUGGAAGCUGGGUGAUAACCCUACACAGGAUCCCAUUUGUGUCAGGGAUAUCAAGGAGCUCCACGUUGAGAUUGCCAAUAUUAAGAAAUCCAUUCAAGAACUGGCAUCUGCAAAGCAACAAGAUUUAAAUAUCGUGACUAAACCGAUUUCCGAUGUUACAUCCACGAGUCUGGACCACGAAAUACAUUCCUUGACUGCAUUAAAGGAAAUCUACAACGAAUUGAUGAAUAAAAAAGUCAAAAUCGAGGAACAGCUAAUAGAGAUUUCACUAUCACUGCGUGGAAUGGAGGAGACGACAAGGAACCUAAAAUCAAAAGUGGAGGAGGGAGAAGAAGAGGGUAAUAUGGUCGGAAAAACAGAGGACAAGGCAGCAAAAAUCCGAAGGCUAAAGAGUGGGUUCAGGAUUUGCAAACCACAGGGUACGUUUCUAUGGCCAAAUAUGGGAAUGUCCCCUCAGCUGCAGGACGAUGAACCUUAUUUUGUGGUCCCAACCCCACCUUCAGUUUCUUCAACCACCGCUGCACCACGCCUAAUCUCACUCUCACCUUCACCCUCCUCUCUUGGGCCCCACCCCACAUCCCCUGUUAAACCAUUGGCCAUGCGUCCACUCACUACAACCACUACCACGGCCACUUUCUCAAAUAUCACAACAAACCCUAAUCUCAUCAACCUUAAUGAGGUUCCUCCUCAUGGACCUUGCGACCUUGCUUUCUGUGGGACACUCACCUACCAACGGAGACACUCCAAUGCUACCGCCUGCCAUGACUUGCCAAAUUUGGUAUGUGGAAAUCAAGAGAAUGAUGGUGUGGAAGGAAAGGAAUGCUCAGGGUCUCCUUCCUCCACUCCUUCGUGGUUGCUGAUGAGAGAUAAAUGGUUGUUGGAUCUUGCAACCUCUAAAUCAUCUCUAGAUCUAUUUUCAGAAGAUAUUGGGCCCUCACCUAUGGCAAGAAGAGAGGCAUCAGGAGAAACUCUUGCUAGAGCACCUUCAGGCAGGCAUUUGCAAUGAUGGCCAUAUAGUCACAGCGGGGUGUCAGAGUAAAAACUGGUUGUUUUUGUGUUUAGUUUACCAAACUAGCCUCAAUAUUUUAUCAUCUGUCAGAAACAUAUGUUGAAGCUUUUAACUCUUAAAAUGUGUUUCGUUUUGUAUCAUAGUGUUUUUCAUUUCCCAUUUGUAAAUAUCGCACUAAAUUGCAACUUCUAUUUAUUUAAUUGUGACUUGCUUCAUCAAGCAACAUUUGACAUCUCUAAGUUUUGACAAUUAUGAGGUCUUUCAAAUUACACUUGUGUCGUGUUUUGUAAACACUGAAAUCAAUAAUCAGUAAUUGCCCUGGA